AUGCUCGCCCACCUAAAAGCCCUCCGCACGACGCACUCCACGCCGCUCUCCUUCCCCGACGCGCUCACCUACCACCAGGACAAAUCCACAUUCAUCUCCUCCCAUCCCGCCUACCCCUCUCGCUCGCUUCACACCCUUCGUCGGGAUGAAUUCUCACGCCUGGACACCUCUUCCGCGGUCUACCUCGACUACACAGGUUCCGCCCUACCUCCAUCCUCGCUUCUCACAACGCACCUCCAUCAUUUGCGUUCCAGUGUCCUCGGCAACCCACACAGCACCUCUCCCGCCGCACUCCUGUCCUCGGCCUCGGCAGACGAAGCGCGUGCGGCGGUGCUGGAGUUCUUCCACGCCGAUCCGACGGUGUACGACGUGGUGUGGACGGCCAACGCCAGCGCGGGGGUGAAGAUUGUUGGUGAGACGUACAAUUGGUCGGGUCGGCGGGUGGUGCUGCCUCGAGACGCGCAUAAUUCCAUCAACAGUCUGGCGCGGCGUGCGGAGGCCCAUGGGGGGUCUUUCGAGUUCGUUGAUUACGACGGUGACUCCAUCCCACGUGGCGCGUACAUCGAGACGCUGACAAAGGGCGAGGAUAAAGGGAUGGUCUUCUUCACCGGACAAAGCAACAUCACUGGCGCGAAACUCGAUCUGACCCUGCUGCAGCAAGCAAAGUCGCUCGGAUGGGACGUAGGUCUCGACGCCGCCGCUCUAGCCCCUUCCACCCGCAUCAGCCUCCGCGACCACAGGGUGGAUUUCAUGGUCGUUUCGCUCUACAAGAUCUGUGGCUACCCCACUGGGCUUGGCGCGCUGAUUCUCAGAAAGGACGCUUACGCCAAGUUGACCCGCAAAGAAACGUUUUUCGGCGGCAACAUUGUCGGCAUCACCAUGGAUCGGAUGGAAUUCUCGCUCGUGGAUGGACCGGAGAGGUUCGAGGAUGGAACCUGCAAUUUUGCCUCUCUUUCGGCGGUGAAGCCUGGACUGGAGUUUGCGGCCAAGUGGAUGGGACCUGUUGUGCAACGAAAUCAGCUGCUCAUGCAAUGGCUAGUAGCUCAGCUGGAGAGUAUCUACUAUCCUCCUUCAUCAACGCGCGAGCACGAAAGGGAGGGGGAGAAACGUCUCUCAUCAUCGACAGCCUCGACCGCGGCCCCGCCGGUGAAGCUCGUCCGUCUCCCCAACCCCUCUUCGGGAGAAAAAGGAAUGACGCUACCCCUCGUCCUCUCCAGCCGCGAGAACCACGCCUUGAACUACCGCUUCGUCAUCUGGGCUGCGGCGCAGGAAAACAUCUCGCUCCGCGGCGGACCGUGCAUGUGCAACCCCGGCGCGUCCUCCUCCGUCAUGCAAAGAGGGAUCAUUACCGAUCUGGCCGCGUCGACGUUGUUAGCAGAGGCGGACGUGGGCAUUGUCAGGGUCAGCCUGGGGAUCGCAACGAACUUCAAAGACGUUUGGCGCCUGGUCAGGUUCGUGAGAAGGUUGACGGAUGAUGUAUGGGUCGACGGGAUGUGGAAGGUGUACGCGAGGGCGGAUCCGGGGGCGAGAUUGAGUAACGAUGUUGACGAGCUUCAUGCGUUGGCGACGAGGAAGAGAUGA